GUUAAUCGCAAACCUACCUGUUGCCUGUAAUAUUCUUGCGAGCGAGUUAACGUGCUAUUCCUUCAUAUUUAGUGUAGCAACGUGGUUGAAGUUUGUGGUGACGUUACGAAUUACUCUUUGGAUAGUCAGAUAAGUUCGUUUCGUGUUCAUAGCAGCGUUUAAUAUUAAGAGGUGAUACACGUUUUAGCCUCGAAUUGACGUACGUGGCUAAAAUUAUCGAUCUGAACUAGAAUCAAAUUAAAAAUAAUUAUAAUUGAUAAGGAUACCCGGUAACUUUUAAUCAAGUUGCCUCGAUGACAGAUUUAUAUUUCUUCUACAGUAAUUUAAUAAUAGUAAUGACUUACCUACGCAAAGUACGCUCAUUUUUAAUGUUAAAGUAGACACGUGAGUGACAAGUGGAAAAUAAUUUUGUGAGUGACACUUCGUUUCGUGUGGACAUGAAAAAUAACUUUCACGGAGUGUUUUCUUUAUAAGCUCUUCGUUCGUAACUUUGUCGUAGAUAUCUUGUUCUGGAUCUAGUGUUCUUAACUACUGGCCUUGAAAUUUAAAAUCAAAAUUUACACGUGUUACACGUAUAAGACGCUGACAUUUUUCUAAAAUAAACUGACUGAAUGAUAAAUUUUGAGAAACGUGUUUACUGGUACAUAUCAACAAAUAUAAAUUACCGUUGUCAGUGUUGUAAGUGUUCAAGGAAGGUCUGAAGAGAGCAGAUAUUAAAUUGUUUCACUAGUCUUUAAUCUCCGUACAGAAAUUAAUUAACACGUUACGUGUAUAAAAAUAAUUUAAACUGCAAAGUGAUAUUCCUUCAACAGUCAUCAGUCUGUGCAAAUAAAAGCAACUGACAGCAGUGGUGUGUUUGUGUGUGUAUAUAUAAGGUACUUUCAAAAACUGUUGUAUUGGCGUAAAAGAAUGGCCUUUCGCAAGUGGACAGGCAGACGAAUUCGAGGGUAGGAAUGCACCAAGUAAAACCUUUGCAGUGUUUUUGAAGGAGACACGAAAAAUAAGGUCCUUCAAGCAACAUGAAAUCCGUGGAUCGUAUGUCAGGCUCCGAGGGUUCUGGAACUCCGGACCCGGAUCGAAAUGCCGCCUUCUGGCCCGAGGACGAUGAAGAACUCGAAGUGGACUACAUGCAUCUGGGUUCCGAGGAUUCUGGAGGAAAAAGAGGGAACGACAAAGCUCGACAAGACUGUUCGGACAGCUCUGGGAGUGAAGGUCCAUCGCCAUCUCGUAAACAAACUCGGCCGAAACGUAAAGGUGGCGGUGGAAAUGGGAAUGUUGGCAGCGGCAGGAGACGGAAGUCUGGAAUCUCUGCGCGGGAAAGGAAUCUACGGCGAUUGGAAAGCAACGAGCGAGAGAGAAUGAGGAUGCAUUCCUUGAACGACGCUUUUGAGCAACUUCGAGAAGUCAUACCACAUGUGAAGAUGGAACGAAAACUAUCCAAAAUAGAAACCUUGACACUGGCAAAAAAUUAUAUAAUGGCGCUCACUAACGUAAUAUGUGAGAUGAGAGGCGAGGAGAAGCCGUAUACGUUCCUUGAUGUAGACUGCGGUUCUAAUUCGAGCACAAAUGAUAAUAAUAGUAGUGGUGAACAAGGUCCUGAAGAAGACGUGGUGGAACCGAAUAACAAUUCUGUGUUCCAAGAAAACUUAGAACAUAGAACACUGACAGGGACGCCGAGCGUCCCGAUAGAGGACAUGUGACGUCUGCCGCGCCUUGGAAAGUUUUCGAGUUUCUAUCAUCUGUUGAACGUCUCAGGGAUUCUUUCUACACUGAAUGUGGGAAUCCGGACCGGGUGAAAUCGUAAGUGCGAAGUUACCAAUUUGCUGCUAAAGCUUGCCAAAAUAGAAAAAAAAAAAAUACGUACAGUCUUAUUCAAGAUUGUUACCUUCUUCUCCUCGCAAUAUCUUUCCUGCCGUAGAUUAGAAUACGUGAGAAAGAAGAAGAAGAAGACACAGCUUGACGAAGAAAGUGAAGGUCAGGGACAAGGAAUCUGAAAUGCGUUGCGCUUGGUAUAAAUGAUGUGAUGUUCAUUUUAAGUAAUUUUAUUUCCAGAUGUCCAGAAUUGAAGUUCAUAAUCGCAAGUUCUCGUCCCUUCAUUUUAUGAAUUAUAAGAAUGAGUUUAAUAUUGUUUUAUGUCGCUUUAUGCCAUGAAAUCAUCUUCACUUUGUGCACUGUACAUACACGUCAGAUGUGCGUAUCGUCAGCGUCGCUUUUAACUUGCGUAACUCAGGAAACUCUUUUAAUCGUGUUCAGCGUUGAACGCCGAAUAUCGACAACGUGGCAAGGGACGUAGUUGAGUGGAUUUGAUUUUCAGUCAGGGUGUCGAAGUUUUUCUUUCUUUUACUUGUACAAAUUUUGGAGCAUAAUUCUGGCACCUUUAGCAGAAUAAGACCAUCGACCUUUUUUAACAGCCGGAGAAUUUUUAGGUGGGGAUUCCCCACCUAUUCACUUGCGAGCACAAAAACACGCACAGGUCUUCAUAUAAAGUGUAUAAUAUUGCUGUCGGAUCUUAUUCAAAACUGGAACAUGUCGACAAAUUGUAGUGGAACUCCAAAAUGUAAAAUGUAACGAUAAUCUGUCCUGUGGUUAUCAAUUUCUUGCGUACAGUCUGAUGGAUUGAUUUUAAUAUGCUGUCUGCAGGGACGUGAACUACCCUCGAAAGUUCGUCGCCAGCUCCUGUCAUAUUCUUUAUAAUUCAUCACUCAUCACGCAUCAUGAAUUGGGUGAAUUGACGCUGAUAGUAAUAUAUUGCGUUAAAAAGCACGUGUCAUGUCAUAUUUCAGUGUACAGUGUAUAAAGUGUUGUUGGUUUUGUUAUUAAGUGUACCGUAACUAACUGCCUGACAAGUUGACAGGUAAUGGUUAGCUGCGCAACGCGCUGGAUGUCACAUGAUGAGAGCUAGACCAAUCAGCAUCAGUCAAGCUUUGCUAUCGCUGCUCUGCGCUUCCUUUCACAAGCGCACUUAGUUGCUAAGUCAUAUCGUUAAGACACGUGGUGUAGGACUUAAGAACAGCGAAAUAUGUUAGCAGGGGGAAUCUAACUGAAAUAAGUAAAUGAUAAUUAAUAAUGUGAUAAGAGUGAUAAACAUAUCUCCUGGUAAUUAAUAAAACAAUCAGUUGCUUGAUGUGCUUAGCGUUACAAGACAUGACAAAUUUAAAUGGAGGCAGCUUAUAAAAGUUAAGUCUUAUAGAUCUGUCUGUCUGUGAAGGAUUUUCAAUGAUGAACAAUUCUGGUUAAUUUAUGUUUUUCUUAACCUUCACAGAAAAUUACGUUUUGCACAUUUUUGUCAGGCUAAUUCAACAUUCUGUUUUGAUCGUUGACAAAUGUAAGGACCUGGUGGUCUGAAAUAAUGUAAGGUCAUUAAAGGUGUCAUGAAAUGGCUGAAAGAAA